CUUCAUGAAAAGUUGUAUUUUUCAUUUAAUGUUUCAGAUGUACAUUACCAACACAAUCAAAGCCAAAGGAACAAGACUUGCUAAGCCCGUUUUAUGUUUGGGCUUAAUGUGUUUGGCCUUUCUUACUGGACUCAACAGAGUAGCAGAAUAUCGAAAUCAUUGGUCAGAUGUGAUAGCAGGCUUUCUGGUUGGAAUAUCUAUAGCAGUAUUUCUGGUUGUGUGUGUGGUAAAUAAUUUCAAAGGAAGACAACCAGAAAAUGAACAUAUACACACGGAUAAUCUGGCACAGAUGCCAAUGAUCAGCAUUCCUCGAGUAGAAAGUCCUUUGGAAAAGGUGUCCCGAAUUCAACCUAUUGAGAACAGUCAAGAAGAAAAUUCACAGGGAAGGUCCUUUAAAGACUGUCUUGCAAGGCUCUUCAGCUGGAUACUGGGAAUAAGCCACUGCGAACAUCUUCAAUUAAGGCAAUAAACAACCAUAUCACCGCCUUUGCAGAAGUCACAUGAUAUUGAAGCAGAUGGUUUGUCACACUGCAUUGGACAUCGUCCCUUUUCACCACCCGCUCAUAACCCCCAAAGUUUGUUUGAUUACAACAGAAGUUUAUAAAGUUGUCUAAUAAUUUUUAUAAUUUUAAAAUCAGUGUCAACUUAUCUGUUUCCCCCACUAGACUGUGAGCUCCUCAAGGGCAGGACUGUGUCUUCUCUGUAUCCCCAGCACCUACAACAAAACCUCGCACAAAGUAGGUGUUAAAUAAAACGUAACGACCCAAUGAAAAGAUUAAUUCAUAAAUAAAACAUUCAAGUUAGUUUCUCACAGAAUCACCGAUACUAUGUGAAAAGGAACCUUUACACAAGUCAUCUUGUAUAAGAAAUCCCUCCAUCUGGGGCUAGUUAAGCUUUUUAGUUUUUCAUAGAUCUAUUCAGCAGUAUAUCACAUUUCAUUUGAAGCGGACUUUGAAAGUCAUGGGGGUUUUAUGUUAUUAUUCAGCAUGACAUUAUUUCCAUUCUAACAGAUUUCAGUGUGUGAAAUUACUUUUAGAAAGUAUGUUCUAUACUAAAAUAAUGUUUGCACAUAAUAUUAUGCUAUAUUUCACUUAAAAUACCAUUCAUACUCUACAUUCUAAGACUGGUGCUUCUGCUUUUGAAGGGGGAAAAUGCCAAUUUUUACUGUAAUAAGUAAUGUAUCAUAAUUAAAAAUUAUUUAUUUGGA